CUCCGGCGAGUGGGCGCGAUGUGGGCUGGCGGCAUCUGGCGCGCUGCGCUCUCCCAGGCCCCCCACGGCCGCCGCGCGCAGUCAGCGCUGGCUCAGCUGCGCGGCGUCCUGGAGGAGGAGCUGGAAGGGAUCCGCGGGGCUGGCACCUGGAAGAGUGAACGGGUCAUCACGUCCAGGCAGGGGCCGUACAUCCAUGUGGAAGGCGUCUCCGGAGGAAUCCUCAACUUCUGUGCUAACAACUACUUGGGCCUGAGCAGUCACCCCGAGGUGAUCCAGGCAGGUGUCCAAGCUCUGGAGGAGUUUGGAGCUGGCCUUAGCUCUACCCGCUUCAUCUGUGGGACCCAGAGCAUCCACAAGGAUCUAGAAGCCAAGAUAGCCCGCUUCCACCAGAGGGAAGAGGCCAUCCUGUAUCCCAGCUGUUUUGAUGCCAAUGCUGGCCUCUUUGAGGCUCUGCUGACUCCCGUGGACGCAGUCCUGUCAGACGAGCUGAACCAUGCCUCAAUCAUUGACGGUAUCCGGCUGUGCAAGGCCCACAAGUAUCGCUACCGCCACCUGGACAUGGCCGACCUAGAAGCCAAGCUGCAGGAGGCCCAGAAGCAUCGGCUGCGCCUGGUGGCCACCGAUGGAGCCUUUUCCAUGGAUGGUGACAUUGCACCCCUGCAGGAGAUCUGCCACCUCGCCUCUCGAUAUGGUGCCCUGGUCUUUGUGGAUGAGUGCCAUGCCACUGGCUUCCUGGGACCCACAGGACGGGGCACUGAUGAGUUGCUAGGUGUGAUGGACAAGGUCACCAUCAUCAACUCCACACUGGGGAAGGCACUGGGUGGAGCGUCAGGUGGCUACACCACAGGGCCUGGGCUCCUGGUGUCCCUGUUGCGGCAGCGUGCACGGCCCUACCUCUUCUCCAACAGCCUGCCCCCUGCUGUUGCUGGCUGUGCCUCCAAGGCCCUUGAUCUGCUCAUGGAGAGCAGCACCAUCGUCCAGUCCAUGGCUGCCAAGACACGUCGGUUUCGCAGUAAGAUGGAGGCUGCUGGCUUCACCAUCUCGGGAGCUGAUCACCCCAUCUGCCCUGUGAUGCUGGGUGAUGCUCGACUGGCCUCUUGCAUGGCAGAUGACAUGCUAAAGAGAGGUAUCUUUGUCAUCGGAUUCAGCUACCCUGUGGUCCCCAAAGGCAAGGCCCGGAUCCGGGUACAGAUCUCAGCUGUGCACAGUGAGGAGGACAUUGACCGCUGCGUGGAGGCUUUCGUAGAGGUGGGGCGGCUACACGGAGCAUUGCCCUGAGCUCUGGGUGGAGACAAGUACCCCAAAUCUCCUGGCUGCCACAGAACAGGAGGCUCUAAGCCCUGGCUCAUAGUCCGAGGGCCGGGCUCAGAGGCCUGUGCUUGUGGCCAUGAG